UCUUCAGUCCGGUUUUUGAAGCUAACGUUGAGCGCGUCUCGGUCUCGCGGAUUAUAGUCCAGAGUCUAUGUCGUUGUCAUCGGCGUAGCCUUCUAAAAUUUGCUUGUGCGCUUUGUUGUUGCUUGACAAAUUCGUUUCCUCGUAAAUAUUUGUGUGGUGCAUGCAAAAAUUAAAUAGCCGCAAGCAAAGGCACCGACGGCUCAGUGAAUUUUUACUCUGUUGCAAGUCCGACUUAAGUCUGCAACUUAAACAUAAUAGAACAACAAAAAACUAUCCGUUAAAGAUUCCCAUGCUGCAUGGAUGAGUGCUGGUCCCAUACUCUCUAUCGAUAAUCAGUUCGUUGCUGUCUUUAAAAACUGAUUGGCCAACUUAACGCCAAAAUGGUGCUCGUGCUGAAUGGCGUUCUGCAGGACGACUGUCCGAUGGACACCAACAGUCUCUUUCUCCAGCAUCCAGUCUACAGAGAAUAUGCACAGCAGCUACACUCCAUACAGGCGAAAUCGGUGGGUCCGGCUGGACUGCUCUACGUUGGUCAGCGCGAGCUUGCCGCCGCUGCUCCGCAUGAUAAGAACAUUAAUAUUAUUGGCGCCGAUGAUGCCACCACCUGUAUUAUUGUCGUAGUGCGACAUUCUGGCUCCGGUGCUGUGGCUCUGGCGCACUUUGAUGGCAGUGGCGUCGAUGAGGCCGUCUGCACAAUGGUAUCGCGCGUUCAGGAGCUGGCACUUGGCUAUCCUGAAGGACGCAUCGAGUUGCAAUUGAUUGGUGGCUACCGAGACUCGCAGGGCUAUGGCGAGGAUGUCUUCUACAGCAUUAUGCAAUCAUUCCACAAGCACCAUCUGGAAAUCGAUUUGACGCAAGCCUGCGUUGGCGAACUAAACACAAUGCUACGCGGCGAAAGAAAUUGCCCGAUUAUUUAUGGAGUGGGAGUCAACAUCAAAACUGGCGAGAUAUUUCCAGCUACUUUUCCGGACAGAGGUCCCGAUCGACAGCUGCGUGAUGCCAGAAUUUUUAUGGGAGCGCAAUCGGUCUUGGACAUAUACGACUCCGCGCUUGAAAUGUUACGGAUCGGUCCCUUUAAUUAUGAUCCACUGCGUGGCGCUGAUUUAUGGCUGGCCCAAACAGAUGAAUUUUUGCUGCAGCAUCUAUCGUCAAGUCCGGACGUGGAACCGCCACAUUUCGCUCAUCAGACGCGUGCCACCAUCAGAUUUAUACAGGAGAACCAGUUCCCCGCUGUUACCGUUUUUAGGGACAAUCGGCCCCGCUACUACCGACGCGACGACGCUACGGGCUGUUGGGUUUUGGUUAGAUAUUAAAGUUUAAUUAUAGUUUUAGUUGUUACGCAAGUAGUAAAACAUCAUGGAGCAAUGUCAGAUGUAAACUGGUGCAUGUGUUAUUCGUCAUUCCGUUUGUUCAUUCGUUAUUUGUUAAAAAUUGCUUUUUCUCACCUCACACUACUACAUAUAGUACAUAUCUAUGUAAUCUUUGCCUAGAAUCGUUGCUUCUGCCUAACGUUGCCCUAUGAUAUUAUUUUUUCACACUAAGUUUUAUAACUUUUGCAAUUCUCUCUAGCUAUUGUGCUUUGUUAUUGUGUUGAGCUUGCAGUCGAACGAAUCAACUCUUGAACUGUAUUUUAAAUUCUUUCUUUCUUUAUAAUUAGGUUCUAGAUUGAGUUCGGAUCUAGAACACCUUCGGGACGCGCCUUAUUAAUGGAUCUGAAAGAAACGAUAACUAAUUAUACAUACAUACAUAUGUUUACUGUGUGUACACAUACAUACAUAUACAUAUAUUCAUAUGUAAUACAUAUUAAAUAAAUUGAUUAAAUAUUUAAAA